UUAAAAAAAAAAGUUUACUACAGCAUAUUAUAGUAGAUACUUCUUAAUAAAAUUUUGAGGUUAACUACGCUUGACAAUGGCCGCGUAUGCGUAUUGUGCAUAACUUUAAAAUAAACGUAAAUGAAAAAAAUAUUAUAUUUUGACAAUGGACAGGUCAAAAACCACAUUAAAUCCUAGAGGUCCAAAAGCUAAAAUUUCUCAACAAAUUCCUGAUGCUUAUAUAGCAUUAGGUGCUAAGCCAGGAACUUCUCGAGAUGACUCUAAACGAACCAUACCUCUUCCAAAGGCUACUGGUUGCCCUUCAAGUACUGCCCCAGUAGAUAAAUUAAAGCGAGAGCCAAGUAACUCAAAUAUUGUUAACCCUUCAAAAAAAAUGAAAGUGGGACUAGUAGGUUCUCCAAGAGCUGUAAUUGGAGGAUCUUCAGGGCCCAGUCUGCUACCAAUUAUUGACAGAAUAAUAGGAGCUUCUUCAGGAAUAGAACCCUGGGAAGGAUUAGCAGUUGAUUGUGAAAUUGCUGAUGUUUUUGAUAAGAUUGUACAAAGUAUGCAAACUGCCAAUAUGGAAAAAUGUGUGGCUUAUAUAUUAGGGGUAAUCAAAAAUUUACGCACAAUGAAAACAAAACCAUGUAAGGUAUUAUGGUCAUCAUUAAUCUCUGUGGCAAGUUUAAAACCAGACUUAUUUAGUAAUGAGCAUAUAUUAAAUGCAAUGGUUAAUAUUCUAAGGCGUGAUAUUAGUGCGGGAAGUAAAGGAGGGCAUAAAAAUAAUUCACAGGUUCAUCAAAUAUUUUUAAAUUUAAUUUGUCAUUCAUUUAGUGAAAAGGAGAAUUGGCCGGAGAUAUUUGUCAAGUUAUAUGUAGAAGAUGCAAUAGGUGAUCGAAUUUUAAUUGAUAGUCCUUUUGCAAAACCAUUUGUUGAUAAUGUAGUGACAGCUUUUCACACUAAAUCUCCACCAUGUUCGCUUUUAAAAUCAGAUACAUGGACUUCAGCUGCUAGAGAUACUUCAAGUCCUUUGACUAUUAAUAAUUUGGAUGAUGAUGAUGCAGUUGGCGAACAAAAAGCACUGGUUGAAAACUGGCAUAUAAAGACUGUAGCGCGCUACAUGCAGGCGCAGGAUAAGGUAGAACAAAUUGUGUUAGAGGCCAUUAAAGACCUUCUGGCCAGAAGACAACAGUCUGAAAAUAUCAGUAAAAACUUCGUACGAUUUUUAAGCACUGCUUGUGGUUUGACAGAAAUUAGAAUUAUUGGAGUAUCUAGAAUAGAAGCUUGGUUGCAUAACCACAAACUAAUGAAAUCUGCUCAGGAACUGUUAGCUUACAUAUGUUACAAUUGCUCAGCAAAUUCGCAAAGAGAUGUUGAAGUGAUUGUUCAGUUAAGUAAGCUGAGAUUGAAAAACAAACCAAUGGUCAACUAUUUUAAUAAUUGUCUUCGAGAAAUGGUGGUAUCAUUCCCCGAAAAUUUAUAUCCUUUAUUGAAAUAUACAGUUUAUAACGAAUUAAGUAAUGCGAGAAAUCCAAAUAAUCUGAUUGUAGUAGGGGCGCUAUUUCAGGUCAAGCCUGAUCAUGCAGCUGAUGCGUUAGCUGAUAUUUGCCUUGAACUUUUACUAAAUAAAGACGAUUAUCUCCGAUCGCUCCGCGCCCUUCUUAAAGAAAUAAACAGAAUACUCCGACACGACUUCAAUUUGCUCGGUGUCGUACACGCCCUAUUAAAAGAGCGGAAAGAUUUAAUUAUUACCAUUAGGGAUCAUGAAUUUCGCGAGCGAAUAUUUUUAUCUUUGGUGGAUUUGGCCACGAUGUGUAUGUUGCUCUGCGUUAGUCCCCAAGUGAGAGAUGCGGCAACGCAAAGUAAAAGAGACGUUUCAGUCUUAAAAGUGUUUAAAAUGCAGGUCUCCAAUAUACAAAGAGAAUGUGUCACAUGGUUGCAAGAUUCUGCAUUGCGAAUCUUUAGGCCUACUGUGCCUGAUUUUCAUCAUGCUUUCUUGAAGGUUUUGUUUUUAGAGCAAGCCGAACAUUAUUACAAAGUUGAUUCCUGGCCUGGCGAGAAUGAGCGAAAUCUGUUUUUACGACUUGCUAGCGAAGUUCCUCUACUCCAGGCUACCUUAUUGCGUAUACUCCUCAUCGGUUUAUCGAAGGAGCAUCCUUACAAUCCCCCAGAAAUCGUUGAUAUUGUCGAUCAGUUGAUAAAAAGAGCAGCAAACUUACCCCAAGAUUGUGGCCCGUCUUUAAUAGUUGACAAAGUCGAAAUUCUCGACUUUUUUUUUAACCUCUGUAGCUAUAAUUAUCCAGAAAACAUUACUUUACCUCACGGAUAUAUACCACCAAAAUUGGCGAUCAGCAAUAUUUAUUGGAAGGUGUGGUUAAUGUUGCUUAUAUUAGCCGCUCAUAAUCCAUUAAGUAUCGGUAGUCUGGCUUGGAAUAAGUAUCCGACUUUAAGAAUGUUUAUGGAAAUGUGCAUAACCAAUCAUUUCUCUUUUCCACCUCCAACGAUGCUUACUCCAGAGGAAGAUCAUCAUUCAAAGGAAAUUCAGAUAAUCGCCAUAGAAAAACAAACCAUACUCGAAUUUGAAUCGCAUUUAGCAGCAGCAAGUACGAAAGCCGAGAUAAAUGAACAAACCAGCUUAUUACUGCCUCAACUCAUGGAAUUAAAUCCGCAAGGCCAAGCAAGAAGACCCCCUCCUCACAUAUUAGAUUUGCUACAAAAUCUUAAUAAUUCACAUAAGCUUGGCCAUUUGUUGUGCAAAUCCAGACAUCCAGAUUUCUUGCUAGAUAUUAUGUCAAGACAAGGAGGUACUGCGCAUAUGCCUUGGUUGGCAGAAUUAGUUCACAGUUCUGAGGGAGUCCUCUCCCAUCUUCCAGUGCAAUGCCUCUGUGAAUAUCUCCUAUCGACCGCCCCGGCAGAGAAGCUGACCAAGCACGGGCAACUUUUAGCCCACUUGCGUACCGUCGUCAACGGCCCUGAUCCACAAAUAGCUUUUGAAGUUCUCGAAUAUCUAUUUAGACGACUCACAUCCGACCAUGGAGCGAGUAGAGCUCAAGCUACUAAAGGGUUAGGCUUAAUUUUGUCGCCAACUGAGGAGGUGGAUGUUAACUGCGAUUGGUUGUCCCAAUAUAUGAAGCAUUUUGCACAUUUUGCCACAAUUAAAUCAACGUUGGUGCAAUUUCUUAGACAAGCGUUACAAAUUGAAACCAACCCCUUAAUCGUCUCAACAUACAUAAACUUUUUGGCUACACAGGAGUGUUAUGAAAAUUUUGCAGAGUUUAAUGACUUAAUCACUGAUUUGUCGAGUGUCAUUAUUGAACGGCACAGUGUUGCCUCUUAUGUACUUCCUGGCGAAGAUCAAACCACUUUAAAAAAUUUACUACAGGCAUUUUGCCACUACACUAUUAAAGCUAAAGAAAAUGCCGAGGAAUCUUACAAUAUUCAUCAAUCAUACAAUAACGAGUACGUGAUCGUAUCGUGGGGUACUGGAGAACAAUGCGCAAUGCAACCUUUAGUUAUUCACUCCGCUAUAGUAUUGCUCACUUAUGGACCUUUGGCCUAUGAACCCUACAAUAUUCUCCUUAACAUAUGGUUCCCUUUAAACAUGGAACACCCAAGAGCGUACUCGCCCGAUACCUCAGAAACCACGUCGUAUUUGCCGGACUGGAUGAAGUUGCGGAUGAUUCGUUCAAAUGUUCCGCGAUUGGUUGAUGCUGCUAUUGAUAAAUUGGAACCUCCUAAGUUGGUGUUGUUUAUUCAAUCAUUCGGGAUACCUACGAGUUCUAUCAGCAAGUUAUUAAACACUUUGGAUAAAGCGACAAUUUUGGAUCAAAAAAUGGUAGUAGAUUCGGUGUUGGAUAAAACAUAUAUGAUUCAACUAGUGGAGGUUCAAAAUAAGCGAGGAGCCAUUGGAGGUGAAAUAUUUGUAAAAGCAAUAGAAAUGCAGCUGCCAGAAAUAGCAGAUAUAAAUGUAGAAGUUAAUGUGGACACCAAGCAUGCUUUACUAGGAGUUGAAUGGGUGCAGCAGAAUUUUAUAUCCUGUGAUAUGAGCGUUGAACUUUUAAGCAAAUUAUUUCAUCCCCUUAACAAUGUUGAUAAAACUGAAGUGCUAAUGACACUCAUUAAGAAUUCGAUUAUUUUGAAGAGAAAGGACAUGGUCCGAUUCGACUCAAUUUUUAAGUAUCUCAACAAAAUUCCAAAACAGUUAAUAGUCGAACAGAUCUAUCAGUGCGAGGCGUUUUUUACCUUUAUUAAUCUAAUUUGUUCAAGUUAUUCUUUAUUACCUGAAAAAAUUCAAUUUGCUCACGAACUUUUGGCCUUGAUGCCUUCUGAAAACGCUACUUCAAAAAUCCUGAAUAUUUUUUUAAAAUCCGCGUAUCAAAUGAAAAAUGAUAAAAAAAAGCAGCUAGUAGUAAAAAAUGACGUUUUACCAAUUUUAUCCAAAUCGGAAAAUAUGGGUGAGCAAGUGCGUCAAAUGUUAUUAGAACAGACGAGUGAUUUAGAAAAAACGGGAAUAAUGGUUGAUUGGUUGUCUGCACUGGAGUUGGAAAUUGCUAGCUCCGAACAAGAUAAGCUUCAGGUUGAUCUAUUAUUCUCCAACAAAGAAUUGCCAUUUCGACCACUAUUGAUGUCCUUGUUACUUCAAAGGGCUAGUUGGCAGAGCCUUUAUACUUUGGUCACAUACUUGCUUAAUGAUGAAUCGAAAAAUAUUUGCCCAGUUUCAUUGCUAGAUUACCUUACAGCAUUGAUAAAAAGUCCAAAAUUAUGGCAAGGACGAGAUAAGGCCGUGCCUAAACAUGUUCACUAUGAAGAUAUCUUAACGUUAAAUGAAUCUCAGGUAUCAACUGUGGUGAAAUGCAUUCUAGAUGAAGCCGAAAUAAACGACAAAAAAGAAAACUGCAACUGGAAAUUAAAAAUGCAGUUGCGACUUGAAUUACUUCUCAAAUGCAUUGGAAAUCAUGCAAUUGCUAUUAUGCAGAGAUUGUUUUUAGAAGCCUCACCUAAUAAUAAGAAAUGCCGGCAACUCUUGUUGAUGCUCUACAUGUCUCUUCCUUUCAGCGGCCAGGAUGAUAUCCAAUUAAAACCAGAAACGAUUUUUGAAGUGUCAAAUAUUAACUGUCCGAGUGCAGUAGAUAAAAUGACGCACUAUUUAUUGAGUGCCUUGUCAGCCACAAGUCGCUCUAAAGACUGGAUGAAAAAAAGUCAAGAUUUGGAAUCGUGUGCGCGCAAACUUGCUGCCACCCACCCUGUGUUAAUUUUACGCCAUCUACCGAUGCUCGUAGGUUACUUGAAGGAACGCGCACAGUACGAUUGGCCAAUUUUGAAAAAUAGGGGACACUUUUUAUUCUUUGGACAAGUACUUGGAAUAAUGGAGCUACUUCAGCCAUUUAUUUUUUUUCAACCACACACUCUUUACGACCUUUUUGAAGUGUUUUUCUUACUGUUACAAUCACAUUAUCAGAGAAAUGAAUUGAAUGGCAUAGUAAAGAGAGUUGUAGUAUUUAUGCAAACGUGGAUGGUAUACGAUGUUAAUAAGGCAUCAAAAUUUCUCCAAGAGCAUGGAGGAAUAUUGAAUGACAUCCAAUUUACGCAACCAUCUGUUCGUCCGCUUCUCUCUAGUGUUUCUCUUCCGCAGACCGAUCAAUCAACUGAUAUGGUCGCCUGCUCCUCCUGUGAUAUUCUUGUCGGUUCGGUAAAUCCCCCCCUACCAGAAACUUACCCAGAACGUUGGAACCAAUAUAAAAUAGCUCUACAAACCUUUGAUAGCCUACAAGCACUGCAGGAAAUUGAUCAACUCACUCACAAAAGGCCUCAAUUGCUGGAAGGAGUAUCGCAAAGCCUUUACGGCUUGUUACAAUCUCCUAGCAGCGAGGUGAGGAACUUGGCACUUAAUUUAACCAUAAAAUGGUUAAAAUAUAACCCAAAGGCAGCAUCUGAGGCAUUACCGAGUGUUUUAUCGUCUUUGGAAAGUGAAAAUGGAGAUAUUGUUACGAGCUUAUUGGAAAAAUUGUCGGAAUUGAUGCCGAUGAUGCAGGAAUUUGCCAAGAUAAUUUUGACUAAAGUUUUUCAACUUGGCAUUAAAUCAACUUUAGUGAAUUCAAAUUUUAUUACUAAAAGUAUUGAUUUAUUAUGUUUACAAUAUGGAUGUUAGUGUAACAUCUAUCUAUUAUAUGACGACUGAUUUUACUUAUAAUGAGAACUUCUCUGUAUAAUAUUAAUGUAAAUAAAGUGUUUUAGAACCUAAAAAAA